AAACAAACAAAAAUGAUGUCUGUUGAAUGUAAACAAAAAAUAAUUUAUAAAUAAUAUAUAUUUUUUUCUAUAUAAAUAAACGUAAUUAUGGAUUUAAAAUCACUCCUACAAAAAGCUGCUAAUGUUAGUGAUGAAAAAUUGAAUCAAGCUGAUAUAGAAAAACAAGAAGAAAAUUAUUUUAAUGAAUAUUAUAAAAAAUGGAAAGGAACAAAAGCUGAGGAUAAUGAUUUUACAUAUAAAAUAAUUCCAAAAUUUUAUUUUAAGCUACCAAAAGAUGAAAUAUUACCACAAAAAUUACGUGAAGAAACUCGUGCAUUAUUUUUACAAAGACGUUCACGUCAAUUAUUAAAUAACGAAGAAUUACGAGCACUUUGGGUACUUCUUGGUACAAAUCAUAGUCCACCAGUAUCAUCAAAUGAUGAAAAGUUAAUUGACUAUGAAGAUUUUAAACAUGUUGGAAAAUUAGCUGGUGCUAAAUGUGCACCAUAUUUUACAGCUGGUGUAUUUGCCAAGCUACAACAAGGUGAUCGUCAUGGACGUAUAUGUAUUAUGGCACAUUUUAAUUAUGUCAUGAGAAAAGUAUGGUUGCAUCAAACCAGAAUUGGACUAUCACUUUAUGAUGUUACUGGUCAAGGUUAUCUACGUGAAUCUGAUCUUGAAAGUUAUAUUUGGGAGUUGAUACCAACACUACCACAACUUGAAGGAUUAGAAAAAUCAUUUCAUUCAUUUUACGUAUGCACAGCUGUUAGAAAAUUUUUAUUUUUCUUGGAUCCACUUAGAACUGGUAGAGUUCGUAUACAAGAUAUAUUAGCAUGUAGUUUUUUAGAUGAUUUAUUAGAAUUACGUGAUGAAGAUUUACCAAAAGAUCUACAAGAAGCCAAUUGGUUUUCUGCACCAUCAGCACUUAAAGUUUAUGGACAAUAUCUUAAUCUUGAUCGUGAUCAUAAUGGAAUGUUAAACAAGGAGGAAUUAUCUGGAUAUGGUACUGGAACACUUACAAGUGUUUUUUUAGAUCGUGUAUUUCAAGAAUGUUUAACGUAUGAAGGUGAAAUGGAUUAUAAAACAUAUCUUGAUUUUGUAUUGGCAUUAGAAAAUCGUACUGAACCACAAAGUCUUCAUUAUCUUUUUCGUAUAUUAGAUAUUAAUAACAAAGGCUAUCUUGAUACAUUUUGUUUAAAUUAUUUUUUUCGAGCAAUUCAAGAACAAAUGACAUCACAUGGACAAGAACCAGUUAGUUUUGAAGAUGUCAAAGAUGAAAUAUUUGAUAUGGUUAAACCAGCUGAUCCUUGUAAAAUAACACUUCAAGAUUUAUUAACAUGUGGACAAGGUGAAACAAUGAUAAGUAUUCUCAUUGAAUUUCAUGGUUUUUGGGCAUAUGAAAAUCGAGAAGCAAUGUCUGCUGAUAGUGGUGAUGAAUCAUCACAAGUUUAGACUUUUCAAACUUGGUUUUUUUCUAUUUAUCAAUAAGUUUAUUUUUUUUUUUAACAUUAUCUCUUGUUGACAAACAAAAUACAAUAAUCAUGUAUUAAUAUUUCUUAUUUUUUAAAUAUCUAUAACUAAUAUAAAUU